AUGUCCCCAAAGAAAACGUCAUCUGGUGCAGCUUCAGCGAUGAAACAAAGCACGCUUUCCUUCAACACCGCGAAGCGUACGGGGUCGACUGCUGCGACUGGGAAGCCCCAGGCGAAAGCGGGCAGUGGCGGGUCGAUUGCGGCGUUCUUCAACGCCGGCGCGGCCUCUGCUGCUGCUCCCCCUCCCGCUCCUCCUCAAGAACACGCUCAAGACCAAGAUACAGCUGAAUUCCAAGUUCAAGUCCAAGAGGAAGCGGCUCAAACACCCGGUUCCAAGCGCCCUUCGAGCAGCACAAAGGCUGACACGGCAUCAUCAAGGCUCAAGGCCAAAGACAAGCCGACCGCUAAAGACACGGACGCAGAUUAUCGCGACGACAUCGAGCCAGCGGACGACUUUGACGCGGACGAGGACGAGGAUGUCGAGUAUAUCGCGAGCGACACGGAGAGCUCCGUGUCGACGUUCGAGACUGUUGAGGAGAAGCCUGUGUCGGUGGUACAGGGACGUACGACGCGCGCGCAAGCUGCUGCUGCUGAGACGGCUUCGCCUGCGGGGAAGAACGUGAAUGGGAAUGGUAGUGGUAUUGGUGGUAUAGAUAAGGAUAAGGAUGUGGGCACACCGAUCCAGACGCCGACGCCGAAGAAGCGCAAGGUCAUCAAAGACGAGGUGGUGGAUGAGAUAGAGAGUGCGGGGGAGAUGGACGUUGACGAUGCUGGGGCGACGGGGAAAGACGCGGGGAUGUUCAAGCCGUCGAAUCGGACAGAGGACGAUGUCGCGAAGCGCGUAGAGGCGAACGCGCGGCUGGAAAGUGGUGUCAAGGCGACGCUGAAUGGAAAUCCUGGGGUUAAAGAUUUGAAGGCGAUGGAGGUUAAGGAGGAUAAAGAGAAAGAGAAAGCGGUGGAGAAAGCAAUGGAGAAGGAGAAUGAGAAUGAGAAGGAGCCGACGCAGCUCAAGGUGAAAGCUAUCAAGUGGCGCAAGUACCUCGACAAGCUGAAGGAGAAGUACGGCGACGUGUCGGAUAUUCACGGGGAGAAUGAGAACAGGAUACAUCAGAUUCUGCGGUACUUUGACAACGACUACGCGUAUGGACCAUGUGUGGGUGUGACGCGCCGAGAGCGGUGGGAUCGUGCGCAGGCACUGGGACUUAACCCACCUAAGGAGAUCGAUGAGAUUUUGAGCACGAUUGAGGGCCGGACGAUGGAUGAAUAUGUCCAGUCUUGGCCGUUCUGGGAGGGGAAGGAAGGGGGAGUGUACCGUCGCGCGCGACCUGUGCGCGUCAGCCGGGUGUUGUAUGUGUAG